CUUGUUUACAGAGUUAGGGGAUGAUCAGAGCAAUGUCCUUCCUCCCACCGGAGCUAAUCUUCGACAUUCUUUCACGGCUUCCGCUCAAGGAUUUGAUGCGAUUCCUCUGUGUUUCCAAAGCUUGGCAUGCUUUAAUCCACGACCAGUUCUUCAUCAAAACCCAUCUCCAGCGCUCCAUUGAAACCAACUCUGCUCCUUUAACCAUUUUACUCAGGAAAUUUAGUCCCGAAUGUCCAUCACAUUUCUUUUCAUUGCCCUUCAACGACAACGAGACGAUCGGAACAGCCGUGAAAAUCAAACAGCCGCUGAAAUGCCCUGACGAAUUCACUGACAUAUUAUUGGGCUACUCUGUUCAUGGUCUGGGUUCUCAAGCUCACAUUUAUAGCCUAAAAUCUAACUCAUGGAAAAGGAUCCAAGACAUGCCUUGCAAUUGUUAUGGAGUUCAUCCAACUUAUCUCAUGUUUUGCAACGGUGCUCUGAGUUGCCUUGUGCAGAACAGGUUAGAGAAAAAUCGGCACAUAAUUCUAAACCUUAGUCUUGCCGGUGAGAAAUAUUGCCAGUUUUGCAUCCCGGUCGAUCCGGAUAACGAGUCUAGGCUGGGUUUGGAGGUCUUGGGGGGCUGUUUAAUCCUUUAUGAUACUUUUUUGGAGACCCAACAUGAUGUUUGGAUUAUGAAAGAAUAUGGAGUCACAGAAUCUUGGACCCUGCUUUAUUCUAUCGAGGGGGAAGAUUUACCUUGGUCAUUUGAUUUUCUCUUCACACCUUUGGUGAUAUCAAAUUAUGGUGUAAACAAAAGCAAGUGAACUAAUGCAUGAUGAUCUUCCUAUAUGAUCCAAUACUUAUUACUAUUAGUGGGCUUUCGAUCUUGUUUGUUUUCACCUGUAUAAGUUAUAACUUGACCAUAUAAAGGUGCUUUUAGGGACCAUUUGAAAUAGGCCGAAAUCAGCAGAACGAGGGGAGUCUCUUGG